UAGAGCUGAACAUGUGGCAGGUACAAGGGUGUAGCUCAGGGUUUCUGAGGGCCUCAAUUUUUUUUAAACCUUUGUGCACACAAAGUUUUAACAAAUAUCCCUUCACAACUGUUUCCUGAUGUGUCAGUAUGGCAGCUCUGGUAUGACAGAAUAAGGCCCAUAGAAGCUCAUUAGCAUGGCCUUUGAAUGGGCUUUAUUAUUAGAAGUGAGAAAGGGCAGCAGUGUUUUUAUGUUAUUUGUAGAUUUCUUAGACCUCGCUGGACACAUUAACUAAUUGACUCCUGUCCCUCAACACUCAUUGUGAAGGUAUGUCUUAAUAAACCUUAGGCAGGCGACCACAAAGACAUACCUCUACUUCAUCCGAGGUCCACACAGGCGCCUUGGAGAUGAUUUGCAACGCUAAUUAAUGGCCGACAGCAAAACUUCCAGUGAGCAAACAGGAGAAUCCGUGGUUAUGUGUCGUGUUUGCGGCUGUCCCGUGUGACGUCCAGAGGAGUGGCUGACGAUGCGAACACAGGACAAUAUAAAAGACACUUGUUCUUUUCCCGGUGAGACGAGAAGAUCAGAUGUCUGUCCUUCGCACGCGCCAGAAGAUGAGCUGUUUCCCGUUCCACGUCCACACAGCCGCUGGCAUGGCCUCGUUUAACAGGCAGAAGGUCCUGGCGUUGGCCUUGAUGCUGCUCCUGUCCCAGCUGGCUUGCGAUGCCAACAGCACGCACGAGUGCUGCAGACAGCCGUCCCGCUCGUGUCGCCUCCAUGCGCUGCUCUGCCGCUCCGGCAGCAGAGGCUUGGGGGGAGCCCUCACGGGGGACGCCGCCGCUGGGAUCCUCACCCUGGGUAAGCGGAAAGAGGACGAGCACCGCCUGCAGAGCAGGCUCCACCAGCUCCUCCAUGGCUCCAGGAACCAGGCGGCUGGGAUCCUGACGAUGGGGAAGAGGACCGAAGAGAGGCCCGUGGAGCAGUACUUUGACUGGGUGGCUCAGGAAGGAAUUACCAGCAAGACACAUGUUUGAAGUACACUGGGACUCUGGGAAAAGAGCGCACAAAGUAUAUAUAUAUAUAUUUGUUGAUGUAAAAACCUUUGAACUGAGCAUUUUUGGAUGUGGUGUCAGAGGAUUUCAGAUGGAGGAAGUUGUGUAAUACUGUAUAUUGUAAAAGGCUUUGAGAUGUAAUAAAAACCUUUGAAGGUUAAAA